UUAAAUUAGUGACGUUUAAGGAAAAAAAACAAUUCCUUUAAAAGUCGCCACUUGAGGAGCAAGUUUCACAGGCCAUUGCAAUAACCUUUCCAAAGACAUUGAAAUAAUGGCUUCAUCUGUCGUUAGUUGCCAGAUCAGGCGCGUUGAGGCAAGACCCGUUUUCACCAUAGACCACAUCCUUGGGUUGGAUUUGAACCGGCCAGAACUACGCACAGUGCCUUUGAAGCUGUAUCGACCCUGGGCAGAAUUGGAACUACCGCAACAAAGAAACCACACCAUAUUAAAUGGUGAACAUUUGUUAAUGAUAAAACAGAAAGAAGAUGCACAUGAUUUCAACGGUAAACCACAGUUUAGGCCUACGGAGUCCUUCAGCAGAACAUUGAACUGGUAUAUUGGGCGCAGGCCGCGAACGGCUUUCAGUAACGAACAGAUUGAAGUCUUGGAGAGUGUGUUUCUCAUCAACUCUUACCCGGGAAUUGGAAUCAGAGAAGAACUGGCUCAACGGCUGCUUCUGGAUGAGGACAGAAUACAGAUCUGGUUCCAGAAUCGUAGGGCCAAGUUGAAACGUUCUCACAGGGAGUCACAGUUUCUCAUGGUGAAGAAAUCCAUUGGAGAUCUCGAGGAAAAAGAAGAAGAAUAGUAGAGCUAAUAAUAAACACAGACCCUAUUGCAUUGGGAAAGCAGUGAUUGGAAAGGCUAAAAUUGAGAAGUCAAUGCCCAGAUAAAGCCUAUAUGCCAAUAGAGGCUCAAAACUUGGUCUUGAGAAAAGAUGACUCGA